UAGCCUACAAUCGACGGGGACGUUUCUUGGGUAGGGAGCGGCGUCUGCGCUUGCGCAAUGUCCCAACCCCUCUGUCCGCGGCGCUGAGCCAGCCGGGACGGACAUGCGCGGGACUGAGGCUGGCGGCCGUGCGGCGGCGGCGGCGGCCGCCGCGGCUCCGCGGAGGGAAUGAAAGCUGCAGGUUAAUCAGAAUCCUUGAGCUGCAAAAGCUUGGAGGCCCUGAGAAUAAAGCACAAUGUCAACAGCAGGAGUUGCUGCUCAGGAAAUCAGAGUCCCAUUGAAGACUGGAUUUCUGCGGAAUGGCCAAGCCAUGGGAAGUCUGAAGAGCUGCUGGGGAAACCGCAAGGGGUUUGAGAACAACUUUUUGAAUAUUGACCCAUUAGCCAUGGCCUACAACCUGAAUUCCACCACCCAGCAGCACCUAACAACCUUCGGGCACAUUUCAAAAUCUGUCCCGGUGAAUGGCCAUUGCUUUGCUGAAAACUGCUUCAGGACUCCGUCGCAGAUGAAGUCCGGCUUGUCUCCUCUCCUCAUUUCCCCCAGCGAACACUUUGGAAAGAGUGAGGAGGACCGGGUGGUCUGUGGUGUGAAGAAGCUCUCUGUGAACGGGCUCUGCGCCGCUUCCAAGAGCCCCCCGCUCACGCCUGUCAGAAACGGGCCUUCCCUCUUUUCCUCGGCGGCUCCUUGUGAGCGGGGUUCCAGGCCUCUGCCCCCGCUGCCCAUCUCGGAGGACUUUUCUCCGGAUGACACAGACUGUGAGGUGGAGUUUCUAACUAGUUCAGACACAGACUUCCUCUUAGAAGACUGUUCGCUUUCUGUCUUCAAAUACGGGUUUCCGGGCAGGCGAAGCUUCCGUGGCUGCGGGCAGAUCAAUUAUGCCUACUUUGACGCCCCGGCUCCCGAAGAUGGGAGGCAGCCCUCGGAGCCGAGCGCCGACGUGCAGAACUCAACUCCUCUCCUCCAGCAGUCCCACCGGAAACUGCGGAGGUCCCACUCGGGCCCGGCCGGAUCCUUCCACAAGCCGGCCUCGAGGCUGGCCAGCCACUUACACCGGGCUUCUCCCAACUCCGACGAAGAGAAACCCGAAGUCCCCCCCAGGGUUCCCAUCCCUCCCCGGCCACUGAAGCCAGACUACAGAAGGUGGUCCGCGGAAGUGACUUCCAGCACGUACAGUGAUGAAGACAGGCCCCCUAAGGUGCCGCCCCGAGAACCUUUGUCCCGGAGCAACUCCCGCACGCCGAGUCCUAAAAGCCUCCCGUCUUACCUCAACGGGGUCAUGCCCCCCACGCAGAGCUUCGCCCCCGACCCCAAGUACGUCAGCAGCAAAGCGCUGCAGAGACAGAACAGUGAAGGCUCCGCCAGCAAGGGUCCUUGCAUUCUGCCCAUCAUUGAGAAUGGAAAGAAGGUGAGCUCGACGCACUAUUACCUACUACCUGAGAGGCCGCCCUACCUGGACAAAUUCGAGAAAUUCUUUAGGGAGACCGAAGAGACCAGCGCUGCGAGCGCCCCCCUUCAGCCGCCGUCCACUGACUGCAAGGUGGCUGCGGUGACAGAAAAGCUGGACUCCAAAGCCAAAAUGGACCUCGAGGGCCAGGGGAAACGCAAGCAUUUAUCCUAUGUGGUUUCUCCCUAAACUCUGGGAAUAUCAUUCAGCAACGGCGCAGAGCGAGCCCGGGGGGCUCUCUGUGGCGGCCCUGGUUCUGCCGAGGUCCGCCGAGGGCCUCGCAGCAAAGUAAACAGCUGAAGUCUCUCUGCCUUGAAGAGAAAGUGGUAACCAACUGUAAGGUGUUGUUAUGACUAUCCCUCAAUUUUCUUUUUGAGAAAAAAAGUCUUUCUAUUCAAGUCUAUAUAAUUUAAAGAUGUGAUGUUGGGGGGAGGGGAAACAUAUCUAUAUAUGUAUAUCUAUAUAUAUAUCUAUAUAUAUCUAUAUAGGAACUUGUGGUAUAACCAUAGUUACAGGUUAACCAGUUAGUUACUAUCUUAGAGUAAUAUAUAUAUAUAUUCAGAGUAAUUAAAAAAAAAUACAAGCUGGAGAAAUGAGACUGUGCUGCCAGAUUGAAAAUUGAGCAAGUGAAAGGACAGUAUUGUUUCAUUCAGAACCACAGAAGGUUCUGUUUUAGUGGGAUUGGGGGCUUUGAUAUUUGAUUUCUUUUUUCUUUUCUUUUUUUUUUUUUUUUUUUUUUGAGUUUGACUUUUCCACAGAAACCUAGCCUCUCUUAGCAAGGAACAUGGUUAGCCCAUCUCAGAAAUUGUCGCAGAGUCCGAUUGGCUUCUUUCCAAAGCUCACUUGGGAAAUAUUACGCUACCUAUACAUAUUUCACACUUGGAAAAAAUGAAAAAACAAGCAAAACGCGUAGGUAAUAUCAUGUAGAAUUAGACUUUUCUUUUUUUUUCCUUCAUGGUGCCUUCUAAGUUCUUUUUUACCCACUAAAACAGCACAUUACAGAAAAAAAUGCCAAUUUCUCUCCCCAAGGCAGUGGGAUCUAUUAGCCUCUCCCCUGAUGGAAAGGCACCAAGGUGUUCACACUGUUGAUUAAUAGGCAAUAAUGAACCAGUGACUAAGAUCCAGAAUCUCUUCUCAUUUGGGGGUGGGUGGGUUUUUGUUUGUUUUUUGUUUUUUUAAACUUCAGACUGUAUUAAUAACCGGAAAUACAACACGAGCUGGUCUUGUGUUGCUGGUGUUCUAUUCAGUAUUUUCUGGAGGUGGUUGUGCUUUUUAAGCUAAACACUUCCUUUGACCAACAGCACAGCACGUCUUAAUACAAGAGGUCGCAAGGGGCCUCUCUUCCACCCUUUGACGUAAAACCCUGAGCAAAAGAUCUGAUUCACUGCUUCCAAGUCUGCACCCAUUGCUUGUGCCCACCUUUCUCCCGGGCUUUCAGUGUAUUUAUCUUCUCUGGAGAAGCACAGAAGGAAGGUGCUCAUGAAGUUCUCCUAACAGUAAAAAGAAGCUGUUUACAGUUUAAACUGCUGAAUGAUAUUAUUUGAGCUAUUUAAAGCUUAUUAUAUUUUAGUACAGACUAAAUGAAGGUGAAAACAUGCGAUAGAAAAUGCACUGAUUUCUGCAUCAUGUGUACAGUAUUGUUGCAUUAUUUUGAAUAUGUCUUUUCAUUUUAAUAAAGUUAUAAUACUUAUUUAUGA